AUGAGACCUGCUAAAGUAACUACUCUUCGCAUUAUCCAUUAUGAGCCUGACGAAUCAAAUCCUCCGGAAUGGUAUAAUCCCGAUUACUCUUGGUAUUGUACUGGGAUUGCAAUGAGGCAUAAGAUAGAUCGUCAUGAUUCUGGAAUGUAUUAUGCUGAAGGUGAUACUUCCGAUUUUGAUCUUGACUCAGAUCUAGAGCCUGAACCCGAAAUUCAAGCUUUUAUAACUAAACCAAUUGAUAAAAAUACUUCUACGUCUGAAAUUGAGGAUAUCUAUUACUUAUAUAGGAAUAUCUAG